AUGGGCAGCAAACGCAACAAACUCAAGAAGAUGGUCUCGCCCUCUACGCCUCCACCCCCAGACAAUCCGCCCGACGAUGAUUUGAUGGACGACCUCCUUGCUCAACUGGAUGCGCGAGAUGCGGCGGUACAGCAGGAGUCUGCGGCGAUUGUGCAGGAGGUGGUGUCGAAUGGAGAGCUGGAUACGAAAGAGAAGGAGAAGAAGGACCCGAGGAGUCGGUGGCGCGCGAGACAGGCGCGCAAGGCGCAGGCUCUGGCAGAGGCGGCGCCGGCUUCGGAUGCGGACGCCGAUGCGAGGUUGCAGAGGGAGGCGGAGGAGGAAGAGAAGACGAUCAAGAAGAUGCUGGACAAGCUCGAUCUGGAGAUGCACGAGAUCAAUCCGGACGGACACUGUCUAUUCUCUGCCGUCGCAGACCAGCUCGCAAUACUCAAUAUACUUCCCGGUCCCAAAGCUUCAUACGCGACUACAAGACAUGCUGCGGCAGGGUAUAUGUACUCUCACCCUGACGAGUUCUUGCCGUUCUUGCCGAGCGAAGUGGGAGAUGAUGUGAUGAGCCCGAAAGAGUUUGAGAACUACUGUGCGACAAUGCGGGAUACCGGGACAUGGGGCGGUGAACCGGAGAUUCUGGCGCUCAGCAAGGUUUACAACGUCCCUAUACAUGUCGUUCAGUCUGGACAGCCGCAUGUGGUCGUGCAUGAUCCCAAUGGUGCGGAUGCUGCAGAUGGCGAUCUCAAGCAUGCCCGAGCAUGUCGCAUCAGCUACCAUAGACGGAUGUACGGGUUGGGAGAGCAUUACAACUCCUUACGGCCCCGACCGCACGGCAUCGCGCGUGUCACAAGUCCUCUCAAGAACCUGGUCUCAUCAUAG